AUGGAGCGUCCACCCUCUGCUACUACUUCUAAGAUGUCCAUCACCGGAAGACGAGAUUACGGCAUGAAGUUUAUCGCAGAUAUGGAUGACCUCGCUAGUAGCACCAUCAAUGUCGGUUCGCAUGGGCAAUCGCCUCUAAACGGAUCUCACGAUUCGGUUAAAAUAUACGAAGGUGCUCCGUAUUGGGAGAGACAGACUGAAGUUACGAAUACCAGACACGACGAAGAGGACGACAUUGAUGAAGGAUGCCAUCCGUUCUGGACGUCAUGGUGGGAUAUGAUUAGGGGGAUGGGAUUAAUUAUCGCCGGCGCGCUUAAAAUUCCUUUUACUAUCGGGCACGGUUUAGCGAAGGCGCUGCAUUUCACCCCAACACUGUAUAACGACACCACUGUUCGGAAGUGGUUUCUGAUCACCGGUUUCCCAUCAGGAAUUGUUGCUGCCGUCCAAGCCUUUUUGUACGGGCUUCUUGAUGGCUGUACAGACUGGUUCGUGUUGCCUUACAAGGUUGCUAGAAAAGAAGGAUUCCUCGGAUUUUUUAAAGGAUUCCUACAAGGACUUGGUAGUAUAGUAUUCAAGACGCCUGCCGACAUGUCGACAACCACCGUUACCUUUGUGACGCCGAAGGCGCCCGCACCGCCGGGUCAGCCCGAUAUCUCGUAUGCUCCGGACUACGAUAAGUGGCAGGCCCGAGCGGCUCGUCGGCUUAAAGAGGGGAACUUGCCGACUACACUACCAGAAGGUUUCCCGGCGCAAUUGAAGGGGGAUUUGGUCUGGGAAGGUGAAACUGUGGCAGACACAUAUGACUGGACCUACGUUCUCAAUGACGAACAGCUUAAUGAGAUAGACCGGGCUGUAGGUCACUUUAAAGGACUGGGUUUGUCGCUGGGUCAUCUCACUGCAGAGACGUUCCCGCUCCCGAACCUCCACGCGGAACUACGCCGCCUGUCCGCAGAAUUACACAACGGGCACGGAUUCUUCGUGAUUCGUGGCCUGCGCGUCGACGACCACUCUCGGGAGGAAAACGUCAUCAUCUACGCGGGCAUUUCCGCGCACAUUGCUGCUCAGCGCGGCCGGCAGGACCACAAGUAUAACGGCCAGAAGGCUGAUGUGGUCCUCAGUCAUAUCAAAGAUUUGACCUGGUCGCAGAAUAAUGGCUCCAUCGGCAGUCCGGCCUAUACUACUGACAAGCAGGUCUUCCACACGGAUUCUGGCGAUAUAGUAUCUUUGUUUGCCCUCGAGACGUCGGCAGCGGGUGGUGCUAGCAAACUCGCGAGUACGUGGCGGGUAUAUAACGAAAUUGCUGCUACUCGUCCGGAUCUUAUCCAUACCUUGUCUCAAAGUUGGGAUAUGGAAGUAUUUGAGAAAGCUGAUAAGCAGUACGUGGAAAGGCCACUGCUGUAUCACUUCCCUGCGACGGAUUCAUCCCCGGAGCGGGUGGCCCUACAAUAUGGCCGACGAUACUUCGUCGGCUUCGGUGCUCUCCCACGCAACUCUAACAUUCCACCUAUUUCAGAGGCCCAGGCUGAAGCUCUCGAUACAAUCCAUUUCCUAGGUGAGAAGUAUUGCGUGAAUACCGACUUCCAAAAAGGAGAUAUCCAGUAUAUAAACAACCUCGCCAUCUUCCACGCGAGAGAUGGAUUUACCGACACGUUAGAGAAGCGCCGCCACCUUUUACGUUUAUGGCUGCGGGACCCAGAAAAUGCUUGGCCAACCCCUGAGGCUUGGAAGUACCGUUGGGCACAACUUUACGAAGGUGUUACACCAGAAGGACAGGUCUUUCCUCUUGAACCAUUUAUUCGUAGUGCUGGAAAUAAGGGGAGAUAA